AAACUCUGGCAACACUGUAAAAAUCCGCCAUGUUUUAGUCAAGUACUUUUAGCAAUCUCUUGCCUGUUUACUCUCUCUCUCUUUUACUCUGCCUCACUUACUCUCUAUCCUCUCUCUCUUUCUCUCCCUCCUUCUGAAUCUUCUCUCAAUUCUAUCGUUACUAUUUCUUUCAUAUUAUUAUGUCAUCGUUCAACAGUUUAUUUAGUUUUACCAAUCCUUCAGUGAAAAAACUUCUUGGUUGGAAACAAGGUGAUGAAGAUGAAAAAUGGGCUAGCAAAGCAAUUGACUCGUUGGUUAAAAAGUUGAAAAAGAAGAAAGGUGCCAUUGAAGAACUACAGAAAGCUCUUACCUAUCCAGGGGAACCGUCAAAAUGUGUAACUAUCCCGCGAUCACUUGAUGGUCGUCUGCAAGUUUCCCAUCGUAAAGGGUUACCUCAUGUAAUUUAUUGUCGUGUCUGGAGAUGGCCUGAUUUACAGUCUCACCAUGAACUUAAACCUUUGGAAAUUUGUGAAUUUCCUUUCUCUGCCAAACAACCCCAUGUCUGUGUUAACCCGUACCAUUACAAAAGAGUGGAGACACCAAUUUUACCUCCUGUCUUGGUUCCUAGGUUUAGUGAUUACCCGCCUGGUCAUUUACAAUCAUCCACUUCAUUGAAUAAUAGUAACAUCCUUAAUGAUAAUAAUAUCAAUGCUAUCAAUAAUAUCAAUAAUAAUAAUAAUAAUAACCUUAAUGAUAAUAACUCUGUUUUCAAUGAUACAAGUAACCAUUUAAGUAGUGCAAAUAAUGGUAAUAUUGAUGCAAGUUUACUUGGAAAUCCACUCGGUUCACCAAUAAGCCCUUCAUCUAAUUCAUCGAUUUUUCCUGGUGCACCUCACCUUUCACAGCAUAGCAUCCAUCAAGCUCCACAAUACCAUCAAACUCAACAAUAUCAUCAAGCUCCACAAUAUCAUCAGCAACAACAAUUUGAUUUAUCUUCGGUUAGACAAGGCCCACCAUCAGGACGAUUAUUAAAUAAUCAUGCUAUCACCAAUAACAAUACUGAUAACUCAUUCGUUUUCAAUGACGUUUCAAAUGAAAUUUUGAAUCUUCAGCAUACCUUUAGCCCGUCCUCCCUCGCAUCCAAUAUGUCAAGCCCUUAUGGACCCAGCUCUCCACAUCUUCCAAUGGCAGAGACACCACCUCCAGGUUACAGUCCACAGGACGAGAAUCGCAAUCAAAACGAUGCCAAUCAGAUGGACACCUCGGAUGCUCCAUUCAACGCAUCGCUAGUUCAGCACUCAGAACCAGAUUCUUGGUGCAAAAUUUGUUAUUAUGAAUUAAACACUAGAGUCGGUGAAGUUUUUCUGGCAACUGAUAGUUAUGUUACAAUCGAUGGUUUCACCAACCCUUCCUCGCCCAAUCGUUUCUGUCUAGGAUCUUUGUCAAAUGUUAACCGUAACUCGACAAUUGAACAAACUAGAAAGCACAUAGGAAAAGGUGUUAAACUUGUGUACGAACAGGGAAAAGUUUUCGCCAUUUGUCAGAGUGAUGCACCCAUCUUCAUCCAAAGCCGUAACUGUAAUUUUGCAAACGGUUUCCUUCCUACGACUGUCAUAAAAAUCCCUCCAUCAUGUUCCUUAAAGAUCUUCGACAACUCUGUAUUUGCACAUUUAUUGAAUAGAGAUGUUCAGUACGGAUAUGAGAAGGUUUACGAAUUGACUAAGAUGUGUACAAUCAGAAUGAGUUUCGUUAAAGGAUGGGGAGCUGAAUAUCAUCGAACUGAUGUUACAUCAACUCCUUCCUGGAUUGAAAUUCAUCUUCACGGACCACUCCAAUGGCUUGACCAAGUACUAACGCAACUUAAACCACCACUGGGCCAAAUUUCCUCAGUUUCCUAAAUUAAACGAGCCAAAUUUUAAAAUGAAUGCAUAUAAAUCACUUGUUGCUUUGACAAUUGGCUAAACUAAUAUCAGUGCCACCUAGAGGUUUAGGAUAAUGAAUGCCUUUGUUCACAAAACCUUUGUUUUUUUGUUUACCAAUUGUUUGCUCAAUUAUUGAUUGAUUUUUCAUCUAAUUAUCUUUGUUUAGAUCGUACAAUUGUAUCAGUUUCAAUUUUUUCUUAAUAAACUUGGCUAAACCAUUAAAUUGCUUUGAAGAAGGUGA